AUGUCGUCGGCUGCACAACGUCUUUCCGCUAUCGCCGGCCAGAUCACCGGCGGAGGCGAGUCUCUCUCCAGGAAACGGGUGCUUGCAAAGAAUGCAGAUGAUAUUGUUAUUACACUCGCAGUCCGCACACCACUCACCAAAGCCAAAAAAGGUGGCUUAAAAGAUACUCCUUUGGACGAUCUCUUGAUUUCUCUAUUGACGACCGUCCGCGAAAAAUCCAAUCUUGACCCCAACCUUGUCGAAGAUGUCUGCGUUGGCAACGUCCUCAACCCCUCCGCGACAUACCUCGCACGCUCAGCCGUCCUCGCAGCCGGCUUCCCCGAAACAACCGCAGCAUCAAUCGCCAGCCGCUUCUGCUCCUCAGGGCUUUUGGCAAUCCAACAAAUCGCAAACCAGAUCAUCGCCGGCGCAAUCGAAGUCGGUAUCGCCAUUGGCGCAGAGUCCAUGAGCACAAACCCCGAUGGAGGCGCACCACCAUUCUCCGAUAGGAUCCUGAGCCACUCACUUGCAUCCCAGAACCUGCAACCGAUGGGCCAGACCUCGGAAAAUGUAGCUGGACAAUUCGGCCUUAGUCGCGCACAAAUGGACGAAUUCGCAGCAUUGAGUUUCCAAAAGGCUGAAAAGGCGCAGAAGGCGGGCUGGUUCAAAGACGAGAUCAUCCCUAUCAAGACAACGGUCAAGGAUCCCAAGACCGGCGAAGUCAAAGAAGUCAUCGUUGACAGCGACGACGGUAUUCGGUAUGGAACAACAGCCGAGAGUCUCCGUAAGAUCCGCGCUGCCUUCCCUCAAUGGGAGCCCAGCAAUACAACCGGCGGAAAUGCCUCGCAAAUCACAGACGGUGCUGCAGCAUUGAUUUUGAUGAAGCGGUCUCACGCCGAGCAGCUCGGUCAACCCAUUAUCGGUAAAUUUGUGGCCGCUACAGUGGCUGGUCUCGAGCCACGGAUUAUGGGUAUUGGACCAACUGUGGCUAUUCCAAAGAUUCUUUCGAAAACGGGAUUGAACGUGGAGGAUGUUGAUGUUUUUGAGAUCAAUGAGGCGUUUGCUUCUAUGGGAGUAUACUGCGUACAGAACCUAAAUCUACCUCUAAGCAAAGUCAAUCCCCGUGGUGGAGCAAUUGCUUUCGGUCAUCCACUCGGCGCCACGGGUGCACGACAAGUCGUCACUGCUCUAGCUGAAUUGCGAAGAUCAAAUAAGCGAAUUGCAGUAACGUCGAUGUGUGUAGGAACGGGUAUGGCUAUGGCGGGUGUGUUUGUCUCGGAGCAUUAA